GAAACGGGAAGGAAGUAAAGUCAGCAGAAAGUCUGUAACGAUUUAUUCAACAGUAGAAACAGCAACACACAUCAGAGAAAAACAAAAUGAUGAGCAGCUCUCUGUCUUUCAUUGUAUAUGUGAAUUUACACAAAGUGAAGAUCAUCGAAGUGAAGUGAAGUGAAGUGAAGUGAAGAAUCAUCGAAGUGAAGUGAAGAUGAACUCCAGUCUCUCAUCGCUGAUCCUGCUGCUGCUCAUUCCAGGCCCUGUAACAUUAGACCGCCUGACUGUGACCUGUAGGCAACAGAGUAUUUGUGCUGUGAAGGGGACAGAAGUGACACUGAGGUGCUCUUACUCCAGCUUCAACAUCAAAUCUGUUUUCUGGUUCAGUGAGAAACAAAGUACAAACUGGAGAAAAAACAAUGAACCUGAAGAUUUGACUUUAGACUCAGAUUACUCAGGACGGGUGAAAGAUGAGAUCUCAAGCAGCUAUUCAACACUCACAAUAUCAGACGUGAGAGAGACAGACUCUGGAGAAUAUCAGCUCAUGUUCAUCAUGAAGGAUGGAGUUAAACAUCUCAGCUCAGCGGCCGUCAGUCUAACAGUCACAGUCCUGCAGCUGAGGAUGAAUCCUGCAUCUAUAGACCUGACAGAUGAGACAGUAGAACUGAUCUGUGAUUCUUCCUGUGAUUUCACCUCUGAAGAUCACUAUAUCUGGAUGAAGAAUAGACAGCAUUUAAGAUAUACACAGUCCCCCAAAACAUCUGUGUCAGUCAGCAGAGAUGCUGACAUCUUUUCCUGUUCUCUUUAUCCACAUCGUGAACAUCCCUCCCCUUCUGUGUGCAUUUCUAAGAGUGGCUGCUGGGAUGUGACUUACUCCUCUAGAAGAGUCUGUGCUUUGGUCGGCUCAACAGUAGACAUUUCCAGCACAUACACACAUCCCUCUCGUCAUACUGUAAAUAAAACAUUCUGGCAUUACCCAUCUGGUGACUUCAAGGAUCUGCGUGAGGAGCAUCAGUUUGCUGGUCGUGUGGAGUAUGUGGGGAACAAACUGAGAAUCAAAGAGCUCAAGAUCAGUGACUCUGGAGAAUAUCGAUUCAGGAUCAUCACUAACACGACAAAAGGCAAAUACUCUGGAUCACCUGGAGUCAUUCUUACUGUUACAGAUACACAGGUAACAAGAAGCCCAGACGUUAUAUCAGAGGGACAGAAAGUGAUAUUAAUCUGUUCAACUAAAUGCACUCUGAACAACAAACAUACUUACAUCUGGUACAAGAACGGACGACAGGUAACAGAUGGAUUCACUAAAGACAACAAGCUGUACCUGGACUCAGUCAGCGAUGAAGAGCUUCACCAGUAUUCCUGUGCUGUAGGAGACCAUAAGGAGAGCACAGUGUUACGAAACUCUGCAAUCAUACUGUGUGUGAUCUUGGCUCUUGCACUCAUAGGAGUCCUGUGGUAUAGGAGGAGAAGCUGUCCCUUGUCUAAAACCCACAGAAUUGAAAAGAGAGAGGAGGAGGUUCAGUAUGACUCGGUGCACAAUAACAAUGCACCCUCUGACCUCACGCAGAAAGCAGAUGCCACCGACAAUAAAAAAGACGUUCAUUAUUCCAACAUUAAUUUGAAAACAAAACACCCAUCUUCAAUCCCCACAGAUGAAUAUCCAACAGACAAUACUGACACAGAGACUGUAUACUAUGCCACUGUAAUGUUCAAAUAACAACAUUGUUAUUGCAUUUGGUAUGUUAUUGUAUUUGGUAUGUUUAAAUGGUAUAAUUGACUAUUGCCCUUGGCAGCUGAUUUCGUACACUGUGAUUUUCUCAUGAUCAUGUAUUACUCCUUUUAUCGCAAUAAAAUAAUUACAGUGCA